AGCAUGAAUGUAAUUAGAGAAAACAGAGAUCUUGCUUGUUUCUACACAACAAAACAUUCAUGGAGGGGAAAGUAUAAGCGAGUCUUUUCAGUUGGAACCCAUGCCAUCACCACAUACAAUCCCAACACACUAGAAGUUACAAAUCAGUGGCCUUAUGGAGAUAUCUGCAGUAUUUCUCCUGUUGGAAAAGGACAAGGAACAGAAUUUAGUCUCACUUUUCGCAAAGGGAGUGGAAAAAAGUCUGAAACUCUUAAGUUUUCCACAGAGCACAGAACAGAACUGCUUACAGAGGCACUGAGAUUCAGGACAGACUUCUCAGAAGGAAAAAUCACAGGACGGAGGUAUAACUGCUAUAAACAUCACUGGAGUGAUACAAGGAAACCUGUGAUUCUGGAGGUGACUCCUGGAGGUAUUGACCAAAUUGAUCCUGCAACAAAUAAAGUCCUGUGCUCCUAUGACUACAGAAAUAUUGAAGGCUUUGUCGAUAUCACUGGCUAUCAGGGAGGCUUCUGUAUCCUCUAUGGAGGAUUUAGUAGAUUGCACCUGUUUGCGUCUGAGCAGAGAGAGGAAAUUAUCAAAAGUGCAAUAGAGCAUGCUGGCAACUUCAUAGGUAUCUCUCUGCGGAUAAGGAAAGAAUCCCUAGAAUUUGAGCAAUACUUGAAUCUUCGCUUUGGAAAAUACAGCAAUGAUGAAUCUGUAACUUCUUUAGCAGAGUUUGUUGUUCAAAAAAUAACACCUAGGCACUUGGAACCUGUUAAAAGAGUACUAGCUCUUACAGAAGCUUGCUUAGUUGAACGGGAUCCAGCUACCUAUAACAUUGCAACUUUGAAACCUUUAGGCGAGAUAUUUGCAAUAGUAUGUGACUGUGAAAACCCUCAGCUUUUUACCAUUGAGUUUAUCAAAGGACAAAUUCGGAAAUACUCUUCAACGGAAAGAGAUUCUCUCCUGGCUAGCUUGUUGGAUGGAGUGAGAGCUUCUGGUAAUAGAGAUGUCUGUGUGAAAAUGACCUCCACACACAAAGGCCAGCGUUGGGGAUUACUCAGUAUGCCUGUAGAUGAAGAAGUAGAGAGCCUUCAUCUGAGGUUUUUGGCUGCUCCUCCAAAUGGUAACUUUGCAGACGCUGUAUUCAGGUUCAAUGCUAACAUUUCCUACAGUGGGGUACUACAUGCGGUUACACAAGAUGGUCUGUUUUCAGAAAACAAGGAGAAACUCAUUAAUAAUGCCAUAACAGCAUUGCUCUCGCAAGAGGGAGAUAUUGCAGCAUCUAAUGCAGAGCUUGAAAGCCAGUUCCAAGCAGUAAGACGACUAGUGGCUUCAAAAGCAGGCUUCCUUGCCUUUACUCAGCUUCCAAAAUUUCGAGAACGAUUGGGAGUGAAGGUUGUGAAAGCCCUCAAAAGGAACAAUGAUGGAGUAACCCAUGCCUCUAUUGACAUGCUUUGUGCUCUUAUGUGUCCCAUGCAUGAUGACUACGAUUUGAGGCAGGAGCAGUUGAACAAAGCUUCCCUUCUUUCUUCAAAGAAGUUUUUAGAAAAUUUACUGGAGAAAUUCAAUUCCCAUGUGGAUCAUGGGACAGGUGCCCUAGUAAUUAGUUCGCUUCUGGACUUCCUGACAUUUGCCCUAUGUGCUCCAUAUAGUGAGACUACUGAGGGGCAGCAGUUUGACAUGUUGUUGGAAAUGGUGGCAUCUAAUGGAAGAACGCUAUUUAAGCUCUUUCAGCACCCUUCCAUGGCAAUUGUGAAAGGAGCUGGUUUGGUAAUGAAGGCAAUAAUAGAGGAAGGAGACAAAGAGAUUGCUACCAAAAUGCAAGAUCUUGCCCUCAGUGAAGGUGCCUUACCUCGUCACUUGCACACUGCUAUGUUUACAAUAAGCACAGAUCAAAGGAUGCUUACAAAUAGGCAGUUAAGUAGACAUCUGGUUGGCCUCUGGACAGCCGAGAACAAAACUGCUAUGAACUUGUUGAAACGUAUUUUGCCACCAGGUUUGCUGGCGUACCUUGACAGUGCUGAUCCUGUUCCUGAAAAAGAUGCUGAUAGGAUGCAUGUUCGAGAUAACUUAAAAAUUGCAACUGAUCAGUAUGGCAAGUAUAAUAAAGUGCCGGAGUGGCAGAGACUGGCUGGAAAAGCUGCAAAGGAAGUUGAAAAAUUUGCCAAAGAGAAGGUGGAUCUAGUCUUGAUGCAUUGGAGAGAUAGAAUGGGCAUAGCUCAAAAAGAGGACAGAAACAAUAUGAAUAUAAUUCAAAAGCCAGUGAUAUUAAGGAAACGACGCCAAAGAAUAAAAAUAGAAGCAAACUGGGAUCUCUUCUAUUACAGAUUUCUUCAAGAUCAUGCUAGAUCAAACUUGAUUUGGAACUUCAAAACACGGGAAGAACUGAGGGAUACUCUUGAGUCUGAGAUGAGAGCGUUUAAUAUUGACAGAGAACUUGGUAGUGCUAAUGUUAUCUCAUGGAACCAUCAGGAGUUUGAGGUAAAAUAUGAGUGCCUUUCUGAAGAAAUAAAAAUAGGGGAUUACUAUCUACGAUUGCUGCUGGAAGAAGAUGAAACCGAAGAGAGUGGAGCAAUCAAAAAAUCAUAUGAAUUCUUCAAUGAACUCUACCAUCGCUUCUUGCUUACCCCAAAAGUGAACAUGAAAUGCUUAUGUCUGCAAGCAUUGGCCAUUGUUUAUGGAAGAUGUCAUGAAGAAAUAGGACCAUUUUCUGAUACUAAGUACAUUGUUGGGAUGUUAGAAAGGUGCACUGAUAGGCUUGAGCGGGACAGAUUGAUACUGUUUCUCAACAAGCUGAUCCUUAAUAAGAAAAAUGUGAAGGACCUUAUGGAUUCAAAUGGCAUUAGAAUCCUUGUAGAUCUGCUUACCCUGGCACAUCUUCACACAAGCAGAGCCACAGUCCCUCUGCAGAGCAAUGUGAUUGAAGCGGCACCUGAUAUGAAGAGGGAGAGCGAGAAAGAAUGGUACUUCGGCAAUGCAGACAAAGAGAGGAGUGGUCCUUACAGCUUUCAAGAGAUGCAGGAACUGUGGAACAAUGGAAAGCUGACUUCGAAAACACGUUGCUGGGCUCAAGGUAUGGAUGGCUGGCGACCAUUACAAGUCAUCCCUCAGCUGAAGUGGUGCUUGCUUGCCAGUGGCCAGCCUGUGUUGAAUGAGACUGACCUUGCCACACUUGUACUCAACAUGCUUAUUACUAUGUGUGGAUAUUUUCCCAGCAGGGAUCAAGACAAUGCUAUUAUAAGACCUCUUCCUAGAGUGAAAAGGCUGUUGUCGGAUAGUACUUGCCUUCCUCAUAUCACUCAGCUCUUACUGACUUUUGAUCCUAUCCUUGUGGAAAAAGUUGCUAUAUUGCUGUUUCAUGUCAUGCAAGAUAACCCUCAGUUACCUCGUUUUUAUCUGAGUGGAGUAUUCUUCUUUAUCAUGAUGUACACGGGUUCCAAUGUACUUCCUAUUGCAAGGUUUUUGAAAUACACACACACAAAACAAGCUUUCAAGUCUGAAGAAACAAAAGGUCAAGAUAUAGUUCAAAGAAGUGUACUUGGACAUAUUCUUCCUGAAGCUAUGGUGUGUUAUUUAGAAAACUAUGAACCAGAAAAAUUUUCUGAGAUAUUCCUUGGAGAAUUUGACACUCCAGAAGCAAUUUGGAGCAAUGAAAUGAGGCGUCUUAUGAUAGAGAAGAUUGCUGCUCAUCUUGCUGACUUCACCCCUCGUCUUCAAAGCAAUACAAGAGCACUUUACCAAUACUGUCCUAUCCCAGUUAUCAACUAUCCACAACUGGAAAAUGAGCUGUUCUGUAAUAUUUACUACCUCAAGCAUCUUUGUGAUACACUCAGAUUCCCAGACUGGCCAAUUAAAGAUCCAGUUAGACUGUUGAAAGAUACACUAGAAGCUUGGAAGAAAGAGGUAGAAAAGAAGCCACCUACCAUGUCAAUAGAUGAUGCUUAUGAAGUCCUUAACCUUCCCAGAGGACAAGGCCAGCAUGAUGAAAGCAAGAUCAGGAAAGCUUAUUUCAGGCUGGCGCAAAAAUAUCACCCAGACAAGAAUCCAGAAGGCAGAGAUAUGUUUGAAAAAGUUAAUAAAGCAUAUGAGUUUCUAUGCACAAAGUCUGCCAAGGUGAUAGAUGGGCCAGAUCCAGAAAACAUAAUUUUGAUCUUGAAAACUCAAAGCAUCCUCUUCAACAGACAUAAGGAAGAGUUGAAACCUUACAAGUAUGCAGGCUAUCCUAUGCUGAUAAAGACUAUUACCAUUGAAACAUCAGAUGACCUUUUGUUUUCCAAAGAAUCUCCUCUGUUGCCUGCUUCUACAGAACUUGCUUUCCAUACUGUCAAUUGUUCAGCAUUAAAUGCAGAAGAACUGAGAAGAGAAAAUGGAAUUGAGGUAUUGCAAGAAGCAUUUAAUCGUUGUGUAGCAGUCUUGACUCAUUCUAGUAAACCAGAUGAUAUGUCUGUCCAGGUAUGUGGCUAUAUCAGUAAGUGUUACAGUGUAGCAGCUCAAUUUGAGGAAUGCAGAGAGAAGAUUACAGAAAUGCCUAACAUCAUUAAGGACCUCUGUAGACUGCUGUAUUAUGGAAAGAACAUACCACGAGUAGCUUCUUUGGGAGUGGAGUGUGUGAGCUCCUUUGCCUUAGAUUACUGGCUACAAACACACUUGUUCCAGGCUGGAGUUCUGUGGUACUUACUGGGUUACCUCUUCAACUAUGACUAUACGCUAGAAGAGAGUGGUAUUCAGAAAAGUGAAGAUUCGAAUCACCAG